AGGGCCAGUACUUCGACGAUAACGAGAACGUCUGUGUAAACAUUGAGUCAUGUCCUUGCUUUGACCAGUUCCAUCCCGCGGAUAAGCGCGCGUACAAACCCGGGGACACGCUGUCCAGGGAUUGUUCAGAAUGCACGUGCAAAAAUGGCAAGUUCGAUUGCACCGAGCCGCUGGCCGACUGCCUGGACGAGAUACAAUGCCCGGCCAACAUGGUGUAUGACCUUGACCGCCCACUGCUGCGCUGCGACACGCUCAAUCCAACCCCGGACACAGGAUGUACAUGUCCAGAGGGACUCUUGCUUGACGAAGACUUAAUGUCAUGCGUGAAACAAGAGCAGUGUCCUUGCACAUAUAACGGCAACCGUUAUCAUGACGGACAGAAAGUCAACACUCGCUGCAAGAUACUUACAUGUUCCCAAAGCAAGUGGACCACACAGGACAAGGAAGAAUGCCCAGGUAUUUGUUCCGCCAUCGGCGACUCUAGCUACACGACCUUUGACGGUAAGAUGUUCAGCUUCACGACCACGUGCGAACAGUCUCUGCUGGCGCUGGGCUCCGUGCUCGUCACGCAGCAGAACCUACACUGCGGUACUUCCGGGCUCUGCGGCAAGAAGGUGGUCGUCAGCGUGGGCGCGAUGAAGAUCGAGCUCGCCAAGGGCAUGGAUCUCAAGGUCGGCGGUGUUGUGUUCCCGGAUGGAAACUACAGAUCUGCUGACAACAAGGUGGUUGUGAGAAUCGUCGGUAACUACAAUACGGAGAUAGACCUGAGGGACGUAGGACUCCGAGUUGUGUUCGACAUGAGCAACGCUCUGCACAUCUAUCUGGACGAGAAGAACAAAGAAGAGACUUCCGGUCUGUGCGGUAACUAUGACGACGACAUUUUGGACGACAUGAAGAUGAGGGACGGAAGUAUCACGGCAAACCCGCAAUUGAUUUACCAGUGA